UUUAAUUAGAUGUUUUACUGAAUGAUAUAAAAGAAUCAACAUUUAUUGUUUUCAGAAUGAUUCGACCAUGUUUAAUCUAUUCAAACAUGCGCAAAGUUAUUUACAAAAUACUUGUUUGGCCUAUGGUGUUCUGCUAUCAAUGUCGAGGACUGAUGUUAUCUUUCCGCUUAUUUUAGAUUUACAUAGUUUUUUUAUUUUACUUAACAUAUUAGUAUACGUGGAAUGUAACAAGGCACCUUCAAGUGAAGAACUUAAAGCUUAUAAAUUUCCUCCAUGUGCAGCUUGUAAACAAUUAAUAAAUAGUUUUAAAAAGGGAAUAGAGAGGACUAGUCGUGAGAAAUUUGAUGGUGGUGACAGUGCAUGGGAGGAAGAUAAUUUAGGUUCAUAUUCAAAAAGUGAGACUAGAUUAAUAGAAAUACAAGAACAUUUAUGUAAGGAAGUAGAACGUGGUGAAACUCAAUGUCACGCUUUAGCCGAAGAAUUAGAGAGCAACAUAGAAGAAUGGUGGUUUAAUCACCAACAAACACAUCCAGAUCUUUAUGAUUAUAUAUGUAUUCAACAGACAGAGCGUUGCUGUCCAAAAGAUCACUUUGGUCCAGAAUGUGUACCAUGUCCUGGUUAUCCAGAUAAGGUUUGCAGUAACAAUGGUAAAUGUAAAGGAGCAGGAACUAGGAAAGGAAAUGGUGGAUGCGUCUGUGACAAAGGAUAUGAUGGAGAAAACUGUUCUGAAUGUUCAACUGGAUUUUAUGAAUCAUACAGAGAUGAAAAUAAGUUACUGUGUUCUCAAUGUCAUGCUGCCUGUGAUGGUCCUUGCGAUGGACCUGGACCAAAGAAUUGUAAAAAAUGUAUGAGAGGAUGGUAUAUGGUAAAAGAACAAGGAUGUUUUGAUAUUGAUGAAUGUAUAAAAAGCGAUGAAUAUUGUCCUGGAAAUCAGUUUUGUAUCAAUAAGGAUGGAAGCUAUGCUUGUUUAAGUUGUGACAAAGCUUGCAAUGGUUGCACGGGUGAUGGUCCAGACAUGUGUUUGAAAUGUGCUGAAGGAUAUUAUAGAAAAGAAAAUUUGUGUAUAAAUUCUGAUAUUGUUGGUCGCAAACAGAAGGAAAAUGUUGCUAGAUAUACUACAUAUUUUGGACUUUGUGUUGCAACAUGUAUUAUAUUUCAACGUAACAUUUAUAUAGCUAGUGUAAUUGGAUUAUUAGUUGGUAUAUACAUAUCAGUGUCAGAGUAUAUGAUAGCUCAUAGCAAUGUUCAGGACACAACAGCAAAUGUAGAUAUAUUAGGACCAGCAUAAAUAUCUAUGUGUUUUAGUAAAUUUUUCUUUAUUAUUUGGUAAAUUA